AUCAAGCAACCAAUAAGAAGGAUGGAAUUUUAAUGUAAUACCCUUUUCCGAGAUAUAUUUUAAAGUUGUUUUCAUACAGUAUAAAGACAGACAGCUAGCUUGCUAGCUAGAUACCAAUGUUACAUUUCUUCUAUGCUUUUAAUUGACGCCGCCAUUGUUUGGAGAUAGCUUUACAAUAAGGAAUACUGUUUCCCUGUGGGUUCAAUGGACAUGCAGACAGACAGGCGGACUGACAUUCAGCAGAAGUAAAAGCAGUGUGGGGGAGGACAAGUCGGGAACUAAAAAGCAGAACCCUUCUAGAUUCUCUGUGACCGAGUGAAACCAAAAGGGUCCCGUCGCAGUAACAGAGACCAGUGGAAGAAGAGAGGAGACCACCAUCUCUCCUUCACCGGCCCUUCUCGUGUCCCGCUCCGGCCCCUCAAAAUGAGGCUAAAGGAGGACAUCAACCCCCUGCUGCUGCAGGUGUUCCGCUCGGUGGUGUGGGUCUACUCCAUCCUCACCUUCCUGCCCUGGUACCUGCUGUCUGGCGCAGGCGUGAACCUGCAGCGGGCCAAGCGGCCCAAGGCGCGCUCCACCAGCGGCCGGCCCGCGGGGCCUUACCGGGCGGUGAACGCCACGCAGCGGCUGGCCUCCACCCUGCACCCGGCCUGCGACACGCUGGACAAGGUGUUCGAGUACGCAGUGAGACGCUUCCCCCGCCGACACUGCCUGGGCACCAGGGAGGUGAUCAGCGAGGAGGACGAGCCCCAGCCCAACGGGAAGGUCUUUAAGAAGGUGAUCCUGGGGGAUUACCGCUGGCUGUCGUAUUCGGAGGUGUUCCAGGCGGCUGAGCGUUUCGGCAGUGGGCUGGCCGCUCUGGGACAGAGGCCCGAGCACAACAUCGCCAUCUUCUGUGAGACGCGCGCGGAGUGGAUCAUCUCCGCUCACGCCUGCUUCAUGAACAACUUCCCCCUCGUCACCUUGUACGCCACGCUGGGAGGCUCCGCCAUCGCCCACGGACUGAACGAGACUGAGGUCACCCACAUCAUCACCAGCAAAGACCUGCUGCAGUCCCGGCUAAAGGCGAUCCUGUAUGAGGUGCCCAGACUGCAGCACAUCAUCGUGGUGGACGAUAAGCCCACCGCCUGGCCCGGCACCCCCAGGGGCAUCAUGGUCCACAACAUGGCGUCUGUGCAAGAGCUGGGAGCCAAGCCUGAGAACAUGUCCCGGCCACGCAUGCAGCCUGUGCCGUCCAGCAUCGCCGUCAUCAUGUACACCAGCGGCUCCACGGGGAUCCCCAAAGGCGUGAUGAUCUCCCACAGCAACCUCAUCGCUGGCAUCACCGGCAUGGCCGAGAGGAUCCCCAACCUCGAUGAGACGGACACCUAUAUCGGGUACCUGCCUCUGGCCCACGUGCUGGAGCUGAGCGCAGAGCUGGUGUGUGUGUCUCAUGGCUGCCGAAUCGGAUACUCCUCCCCACAGACGCUGGCCGACCAGUCCACGAAAAUCAAGAAAGGCAGCAAAGGAGACACGAGCGUGCUGAAACCGACCCUGAUGGCCGCGGUGCCGGAGAUCAUGGACCGCAUCUACAAGAACGUGAUGACCAAGGUUGAGGAGAUGAGCCGGCUUCAGCGCACGCUCUUUGUCCUGGCCUACAACUACAAGAUGGAGCAGAUCUCCAAGGGUUACACCACCCCGCUCUGCGACCGCCUGGUCUUCCGGAAGGUGCGCUCUCUGCUGGGGGGGAGGACCCGGGUGCUGCUGUCGGGCGGGGCGCCCCUGUCAGCCGCCACACAGCGCUUCAUGAACAUCUGCUUCUGCUGCCCCGUGGGCCAGGGUUACGGCCUGACGGAGACCUGCGGAGCGGGCUCCAUCAGCGAGAAGUGGGACUACAGCACCGGAAGGGUGGGCGCACCCCUGGUCUGUUCAGAGAUCACCCUGAAGGACUGGGAGGAGGGCGGUUACUUCAGCACGGACCGGCCCUACCCCCGUGGGGAGAUCCUGAUCGGGGGUCCCAACGUGACCGUGGGCUACUACAAGAACGAGUCCAAGAACCGCGACGACUUCUUCACCGACGCCUCGGGCCAACGCUGGUUCUGCACGGGGGACAUCGGCGAGAUCCACCACGACGGCUGUCUGAAGAUCAUAGACCGGAAGAAGGACCUGGUGAAGCUGCAGGCCGGGGAGUACGUGUCGCUGGGGAAGGUAGAAGCCGUGCUGAAGAACUGCCCCUUCAUCGACAACAUCUGCGCCUACGCCAACAGUGAAGAGUCCUACGUGAUCAGCUUUGUGGUGCCAAAUCAGAAGCAGCUGCUGGCCCUGGCGGAGCAGAGAGGAGUGCACGGCUCCUGGGAGGAGAUCUGCAAUAACGCCGAGAUGGAGAAGGAGGUGCUGAGGAUCAUCACCGAGGCUGCCAUUGGAGCCAAGCUGGAGCGGUUCGAAAUCCCCAGAAAGAUCCGCCUGAGCGCCGAGGCCUGGACUCCAGAAACGGGACUGGUCACCGACGCCUUCAAGCUGAAGAGGAAGGAACUGAAGUCACACUACCAGGAGGAUAUAGAGAGGAUGUACGGGGGAAAGUAGGGCGGCGGACGGGGUCGCACGCUUCCGGUCUUCUCCCACCCUGACACAGCAAGCUCCUAUCAAAUGGGGAAAUACUUGAAUCCGCUUCUUACACGCAAGACCAAAUAAAACGAAACUGAAAAAUUAAGUGACGAUUGAGAAGGGGGAGGGCGUAUCGCGAUGCGUCGCCGUAUGAUUGGCCGCGUGAUGUGCCCUCUUCUGGUUGGUCACGAAAUGUGUCCUCGCCCAUCGGCUACGGACCCUCUCGGUCGACGACGCCGGAAACAGGUGUUCGUCAAGGCGAGAGGCGACACGGAGAUGUGUUUGUAAAUGAAGUCGUCAUGGAAACCCCUAUCCUUUUCCGCAUUCGAGGACAUUCGUCAGACAGGCAUGAGGUCUGAAAUGAGUAUUCAGCCACGGUGUUGUAUGAUGGAACCUCUUAAGUCUGUCCAUAUUUCACUUUGUGCAGGGAUAUGUUGUAUACUUGGUUUGUUUGGUUCGUUUUGUCCAUUUAUUGAAUAUCCUUUGAACCUUAAGCCAUUGAAUAUUGUACACAAAUAUUUUAUUAUUGUUUCUGUAAUUGUAUUUGCUUUUGUUUGGGGGAAAAAAUUUCAUGUUGUUGCAAUAAGCUCUUUAUCUGAGUUCCUCUUUAUUUCUUCGUCCUGUGAAUGAUCGUCUCAAGGAGUGACAGUUUAGCACCCGAGGAGAGAUGUCGCAUUCCUACAUUGAAGGGUUUGUGUGCCUGCUAUGAUAGCAAGAGGACACGUUCUUUUGAGGCUUUAGUCCAUAGUUGGAUUGUUGUGUUACAUAGAACUAAUGUGAAAUCACAAAAUAUUGGAUCAAACAACCCAUCUUGUUCAAGGUGUGCUACCAUUUUAAAACGGAAGAUAUGCAAAUUUGCAGCAAAAAAAGGGCCUUGUACCAUCCUGCAUCCAUCGAAAUGAAGGUGUGUUUUCAUUGGCCAAAUCAUUAUUCUUUCACAGCAUGACCUUAUCUGAUUGGCCCUUCUGUGAACCUUCUAAACGCCAGUUGACAAGAGCGUAGAGAAGUAAUGGAAACACUUCCGGUCACUUUAAUACAGUCUGCUUUCAGUCUGUUUCUAUCUUCUGUGAAGUUGACACAUAUAGAUCGGGGUCACUCCAUGGACACUUUUCCGUUUUAAAUGCACAUAACGCUUCUUUUCACUGUUCAGAUUGACAACACUGAUAUUGUUCCUGAUGGCCAGAACCAGCAGCUGCUGUACAGAAUACAUUCUCAGUGAUGACCAAUGUAGCACAUGAAUGUUUCUCUUAAAGUUGAAAAGGUACUAUGUUCGCGUUCUUAUGAGUGGUCUAUAUUAACUAGUGGACUAGGUGUGUUGGAAGAACAUUGUAAUGUUAUUGUUGUUGAAAUCAUGAUCUGCUUUUUAAAAAUAAUAUUAGUUGAAUGUGCAAUAUACACAGAUCAUUCUUCUCGGCCAAAAUGAACACGCAUGUUCCUUGUGGGGCACACCUCUCGAACAUCUAGUGAAAGAAAUACAAUAAGACACUCUUGCAGAUUUGGAAUAGUUUACCACCUUGGUUUUCAUGUUUAUAGUAAUGACAAGACGUAUGUAUAUUCUGUAUAUUGAUAUGGUUUUUAAAGUUUUGCAUGAUUUUGGAACAACUGAAGAACACUAAAUUUGCAUGUGUAGAAUUGGCGAAGGCUGUGGUUUUGGACUUUGUGCCUGAACAAAUGAAGAAUUCGACUUGUUUCUGUUCAUACUCUAAAUCUCUUCAAUUUCUUUCUCCCAAAUAUUAUCUACUGUAAUAUGCCAGGUCACACUAUCUGAAGGCUGUACUCUUUAAGGUGUACAAAAGAACAUCAUGCAAUGCAAGCUAUAACUGGGGCUUUUAAAGCUACUGUGGAUUUUAAAAGGCCAGUGACGUUCUCUAUGGUUCCCCCGUUGAAGUCUCAAUGUCGUUAUGACUUAAAUCUGGUCUUCCUUCCAGCUGUUUAGACUGAGUCAUUCUUAUGGUUUUUUGUAAUGAUUUGAAACUGGGUGUAUUUACUGUGCCCCAUAUCCACUUGAAGUCCCUUAAUAUGCUUGCUGGAUUGGCACAUAGAAAGUGGCUGUAGCAGGGUACAGUACAUAUUCUUCAGCAAAUAUGGGUGCUACAGUGCACACAACUGAUUUAAUAUAUUGAUUUAAGGAGGUUGCACAAAAUGGCCAGGCAUAAUCUUAUAAUUAAAAUUGGGGAGGGAAAAUAGGGACUAAACAAAAUUUUUAAAUAAUAGUCUGUUUCUUGUGCCAGUUAUACACCGGGGGGGGGGGGGGGAGAGUUACUGAUUCAGCACUCAGUAAGCUCUACACCAAACUGCAAUUUCCAAAUCAUGAGAAAGUGUCUUUGUACUGCUUGAUAUAUGUAGUUGCCUUGUUAGAUUGUUUUAAAUCCGUUCAUAUGAAAAAUUUAACACAGUAUAUUUAUGGGAGAAUGUUUUUAUUCAUGAAAUGCAGUGAGGUUAUGCUCUGCUAUCCAAGCAUUUCACAUGAGUAAUAUAGAUUCAGCUGCUAAAGAAGAUCCAUCAAAAUGGCUGAAUUGUCACUCCUUUUUCCUGUACUGUAAAUAAAGUGGGGCAGUGAUCAAAAUUCACAGGUGAUCAUAAAUGUACAGAUAUAAUCUCUUAUGUCUACUUGAGCUUUGUUACUUUGACCAGGUCUUUUGUUGUUUCUCUCUUUUUCAGGGGGUCGGGGGGGGGGAUCUCCCAUGUUUGCUUGCAGAAGCUUUGCCUUGUAACAUACUGCAGGUCAUUGCCAAUGCAUCCUACUUCACUGAACUGUAAAUUGGCCUUGGAAAGAUGUUAUAAAAAAUAUGUGUUUGCUCA